AUGAAGAAAACUAUGCAUCGUGAAUGGCUUGUCGGAUUCGCGUGCACGCUCGCUACAAUACCAGCCGUGACUGCUGAUCUGACGACAACCAUUAGCUCCACCACGAACUGGGGCACUUGGGAAGGGUUUGGCGUGUCUCUUGCCUGGUGGGCUCAGGCAUUUGGUACCCGAACUGACUUGGCGGACAUUUUCUUCUCCACCAAAUCGACCACCUAUAAUGGCCAGAGCAUUCCAGGUAUCGGGCUCACCAUUGCCCGCUACAACGCCGGCGCCUGCAGCUGGAACACCGUCAACGGCUCCACAAUGGUGGUGUCUCCGGAUAUGAUUGACUCGCGCCAGAUGGACGGCUACUGGGUGGACUGGUACAACUCCACACCAUCGUCGUCGAGCUGGAGCUGGAGUGUCGAUGCCAAUCAGCGCAGCAUGCUGUCGCUGGCCAAAGCCCGCGGUGCAGACACGUUCGAGCUCUUCUCGAACUCGCCCAUGUGGUGGAUGUGUCUCAACCACAACCCGUCCGGGUCCGACGACGGCUCUAGCGACAAUCUGCAGUCAUGGAACUAUGACCAGCAUGCGGUAUAUCUCGCCACCAUUGCAGAGUACGCCGCCAAUAACUGGGGCAUUUCCUUCCAGUCCGUUGAGGCCUUCAAUGAGCCGUCCUCAGAUUGGUGGACCGGUGAGACAGGGACUCAGGAGGGCUGCCACUUCGACGUCAGUACACAGGCUACCGUGAUUGGGAACCUGCGCACCGAAUUGAACAAUCGGGGUCUCAGCUCCACCCUCGUCUCGGCCUCCGACGAAAACACUUACGACCUGGCGGUUUCCACCUGGAACGACCUCGGUAGCACGGCAACCAGCAAGGUCGACCGCAUCAACGUCCACGGAUAUCAGUACGGCGGGGGUCGGCGGGACACGCUGUACAGCCUAGCCUCUGCAGCCAGGAAGCGGCUCUGGAACAGUGAGUACGGUGAGAGUGAUGCGACUGGCCAGAAACUCGUGGACAACCUACUCCUCGACUUCCGCUGGCUCCAUCCCACUGCCUGGGUGUAUUGGCAGGCCAUCGAUGGCGGCGGCUGGGGCCUGAUCGACGGAAGCAACGACGAUCAAACACUUGGCGACGUGAGCCAGAAAUACUUUGCACUGGCGCAAUUCACUCGUCACAUCCGGCCGGGCAUGCGUAUCCUGGAUGGCGGGAGCAAUUAUACCGUUGCAGCGUAUAACUCGACGGCACAGAAGCUAGUCAUUGUGGCGGCAAACUGGGAGGCUGCCCAGUAUAUCAAUUUUGAUCUCUCAGACUUUAGCACGCCAGGGGUCAGUGGCGCCCUGGUCCCUCGCUGGAACACGCAGGUCGGAUCUGGCGAUCAAUACACUAGCUAUAGCGACACUUAUAUGAGCGGGACUAAGUUCUGGUCGUAUUUCCCCACGGGAGCGGUGCAGACGUUUGAGGUAUCGAACGUGGUGCUGUAG